AUGAUCUCAAAAGAAAAUGCUUUUACCAUGGGAGGGAAUUAUCCAUCAAUUGAUCGUCCCUUUAAUACAUCUCUAGCAUUAGGUAAUUUACUCGAUGAUACUUUACCGAAUUCGACAGAUUAUGAACAUCAUCAACAACGAUCAAUGCUAAUGAUGAAUGGAACAAAUAAUUUACCGCAAUGGUCCAUGCCACACAUGAAUUUUACACCAACUCCUCUUGUCAAUAUGUGUUCGGAUGAAAAAUUACUUCAAUUUUUAAUGAGUAAAGAUUUUACCGCACGAUAUGCUGCUGAUGAUGAUCAGUACGAAGAAGAUCGAUAUUUACAAGAAAGACAUCAGAAUCUCCCACCUCCAACAUCAUUAAUCGAACAAAUGCAAUGUAUUACAAUUGAUAACGAUGAUAAUCGAUUGAAAAUAGCGGCGGCAAAUGAACGUCGUCAAGCUACCCGUCAUUUUGGAAAAGUCAGUCAGAAUAUGUGUUGGUGUGCGCCGUUACCUGUUAAACCACGUGCUUACUCAAUUAAUCCUCCUUCACUUUCGAAUAAAAUAUUUCUCGGUGGCAUUCCGCAUGAUCUUAAUGAACGUGAGUUAGCUACUCGUCUUAGUCAAUUCGGCUCUGUUCGUAUCGAAUGGCCAGCUGAAAAUAAUCGUACUCGUCGUCGAACUAAUCACGGCAAAUCCGGUUAUGCUUAUGCAAUAUUUGAUAAAGAAUCGUCUGUACAUGAAUUACUUUUAGCUUGUUGUCAACAACCACAACGUAAUUCGGAUGGUCGUUGUGAAUAUUAUCUUAAUCUUAAUAGUCAACGAUCAGCUUCGAAACGUAAAAGUAUCCAACUCAUUCCAUGGUUUACGGAAGAUGCACAAUGGAUGUCAUCGAAUCGACAUGAUGCAGCUAUGUGUGACCUACUCAAAGACGAUCCAUAUAAGACGACUGUCUUUGUUGGAGCUUUGCAUGGUAUGAUGACCGCAUAUGCACUUGCUCGAAUUUUUUCGAAACUAUUUGGUGAAGUUGAUUUUGCGGCUAUUGACACUGAUCGAAAUAAAUAUCCGAUAGGCUCGGGCCGGGUGAUCUUUACGAGUAUCCAUAGCUAUUUUAGUGCUAUGACGGCAAACUAUGUGUUUAUUGAUUGUGAGCGAUUCUCUAAAGUAAUUCAACUUGAUCCCUAUUUGGUUGAUGCUCAAACUUGCAGCGGAGCGAACGGUCAAUCAUGUACUCAAUUAGGCAAAUAUUUCUGUCGUUCACUCGCCUGUUGGAAGUAUUUCUGUGACAAAUGUUGGACGAAAGCACACACGGGUAUAAACAGUCAACAACCGUUAACUGAGGCACUCGCGCAUAAACCUCUCAUGCGUAAUGCUAGUGUCUCCUGA